AUGCAAAGCUGCUUUGUCUCACAGGUGUACAAGAAGUCCAAGUGGGAGCUCGACACAUCGGAAGUCAAGCUAGACAAGCUGGAUGGCCUGUCCCAUGGCAUGCACAAGCGCGAGGCCGCGGGAACCACGAUGGAGGACUAUUUGCAGUUGGCAGAUGAUUACUUUGCCCGCAAGACCAAGCCGGGCAAAAAGAUGGUGCGCUGGGCGGACCUGGAAGAGCGCAAAGAGCAGAGUCGGAGGCGCGAACUGGGCUUUGUGGUGGGGCAGACUCAACGCGACUGGGACCGCAUCACAGACGACUCGUUUGCCGAUAAGGCUCUCAACCAGACUAAAUACAUUUAACGUAGGAACGCGCACGAAUUAUGCUUAGGAAAGGGAAAAAAAAAGACCUGUUGAUAUUAAUCUCCUGGCAGUCGAGCAUCCUCCAUCCCCUCCCCACCAUCCCAAAUAAAAAGAGACAGACAUCAAACCGGACGAUUUGCUGUUUUGUGCACAAGCUUAGACUACUGUUUCUACUAAUUUUUACUUUUUUUUAAAAAGAAAGCUAGUCGUGGACUUAACAAGUCUGUAUUGUUUUCACAAGAGACGCAGCUACACGAAGGACUGAGUAAAGUUUAGGCGCGACGAUGUUACUAUUAUAGAUGUCACAGCUGUUACAAGUCUGUUGAGGGUCACAUUUCCUGAGAAGGCAGCGACAAAUAUUUCCAUGAAGCAUUAGCACGAACUCGUCUUUAAAGUUUGAAAUACUGACAUCGUUGCACAGAUGUUAACGCCCAUUUCAUCAUCUUGCCCAUUGGCUGUUGUCAAUUCUUCGAUUGACUUGCAAUGUGUGGAUCGUGUCCUUUUCCGUGGAUUCGGAAGAUAAGGCGUCGUCAGGAGCUACUGUGACCCACGUAAUGUUAGGUUUUAAGGUAGUGUUUUCGGACUCCACUCAGCACCUGGCUCUUAAACUCGAUAUUGUGUGCUUGUGGAAUGGUUUUUUUUUUUAACAUUUUAUGUUCAUUUGGUCUUUUUGGAUUUUGUUUUUCUUGUAUAUCUGCUGUAGCUGUAUGAAAGAGGAAAGCAUUAAAGAACUUGAUUCCAAGAAA